AUGUCCAUGACCGCGUGCACCCACAUCGCCAUCAGCGUCGCCCUUGAGGAUGCAGGCGAAGCCACUCGCGCUCUCGCUCUAGCCAGGGCACUACGUGAAUGGUGCCCGGCUAAUCAUGAAGUAAAGAUCCAGUUCAUAUCUUGUGGGAGCCGCUUUGAGGGUAUGGUCGAGGAGUCUGGUUUCCUCGUUGUACCUUGCCAACCACGUGUGAGGGGCCAGAGCAUCGCCGAGGACCUGCAGUGGGAACUCCCCGAACUCGUGGGGUCAGAAGCAAUUGCUCGGGGCCUCAUUGAGGGACAGUUGGAAGCCCUGCAAGGAUUGAAGCCGAAACCCGACGCAGUGCUUCACGGAAUGUGGCCAUUUGCUAGUCUUGCAGCCCGUAUGCUCCAUAUACCGACUAUUUGCUUUCUUCCGCUGCCCCUGCACCCAGCAUGCGUUAGCGGGGGUCUCCUGUGUGACCUCCCGGACCCGAUACCAGGGCUGACACGCCUACCCCGUUCUGUGAGGAAGAAGAUAGCUGGAAUGGGAGGUUUUCUGAUGCCCAGGGCGCCUAUUUUCCAUCAGCAGCGCCUUGGCGCCGCCGCAGCUGCUUGUGGUUGGCAUAACAGGGGCGCGUUAAGCUUGUUCGACGCUGUCAAAGCCGAUAUCACCCUCGUCACAGACCUUCCGGCUUUCUAUACCAGCUUGCCUUUGCCGAAAAACUUCACCGUCACCGGCCCAUUAUUCGCCCGCAACAUGGACGCCGCGUACAGCGGCCGAAGCUCCGAGCUCGAUCCAGAUAUUGUUGCCGCGCUCCAGAGUAAUGGUCGUCCAGCGAUUCUUCUUACCAUGGCCAGUUCCGGCACGAGUGAGCUUCUAUUUGAAGCGAUCCGCGGGGUUGUCCCGUCUCGUGGAGACGUACCAAGCAAUAGUCCUGCCUCAACUAAGGUAGAUGAUUGGAAUGUAGUCAUCCUAGCCUCGCCCGCGAUAUGCCGCCUAGAGGAGGCCCGCGCCAUAGCAGGCGAUGACCCGCGGGUUCUGGUGACCGACAGGUUUAUCCCAGCGCCCACCGCAAACGCGUUGGCAGAUGUAGUUGUCUCCCACGGCGGCCAGGGCACUGUGCAAACUGCCAUGGCGGCAGGGACCCCAAUUGUCGGUGUUGGCGUGAUGAUGGAGCAGCAGAUCAACCUCGACCACGUAAUGGAUGCCGGGGCUGGUAUUCGCAUCCAAAGACACGCUUGGCGGUCCUCGAUCAUUCGGCAGGCAGUCCGCAGUGUCCUGGCAGACCCAAGCUACAAGAUCCGCGCAGAGGCGUUUUCAGAAUCCAUGCGGGGCAUAGAUGGAUCUCGUAUAGCGGCUGAGCGUAUGUGGGAGUUCUUGGACAAACUUCCCCCAGGGUCACCAUCAAGGGUCAGCGUUGCGAAGGAAAGGGCCAUUGAGUGGAAUACCGAGAUGGCUGAGAUCCCAAUCAAAUCCUAG